GCAACAUCUUUGCAGCUUUCGAAUCACCCCCGCCCCGAUCCAUGGCCGCGCCAAAAAUCCACAGCUGCAGCCCAGAAAUGCCAUCGCUAUUAUAACAACAAUUGCACGACCUCGAUAACUGCAUUCAUAGUUCCAACGCGCGCCAACCAUGGCGUCGAGCUCGACGGAGACAACGCCUCUGAUAUCGUCCAUGUCUCAUGCUCCAUCCGCAGGCAAGCCGAUAGCACCGAAGCCACAGCGAACAGUCACAUUCAAUCCCACCGUCAUCUCGAGCAGCCCAAAAGAGGCUCCGCGAUCGUCUUCGUAUGUCGGCACUUCUUCCUCCGUCACAACCGUUCCCACCAGCCAUGGCGGGCAGCCAAUGCUCUCGACGCUCAAUAACAAGCUACGGAGAAGGAAUAGCUCGGGCGCGCCCAUCCUACCUCCCCACGUACCGGCUCCAAAGAUUGGCCCGCAGAGAACCACCAGGACUGCACAGAAGCUUAAGCUUCUGCCGGAUCCGGAACAUGGCGAGGAAGACCAGGAUGAGGAGAGCGGGCGGGAUGUCUAUGUGCAGUAUACUCGGAUAAAAGAUCCUACGGCGAGAAGGGAUGCUGCAAGGCUUGGGAAAGCGGAUCGAGAGCGGUUACCGCGGGUGACGGCAUACUGCACCGCCGCAUCGUACAAAAUGGACGAGCUGAUGCGGUUCUUGAAGGGAAAGGCACGGAUACGGGGCGCUCAUCCAAAGAGAUUCGACGAGUGCAUAUACUCGCCAUAUAAUUACGGGAGAAAAGGGCCAGAGGAUGUCACAAGCACCUCCGUACCCGAUGGGUUUUCAGAGGAGCGACCGCGAAGAUUCUCGGACAGCGCGAUUGAAGUCAGGGCACAGAACGAAAGGAGACGGGAGGACCUCAUAGGUCUACAUUCUGAUGGCGAUGCACCGUCUCUAGAAAACGGAGAGAGCUCGGAACGGUUACAGCGGCCUGGACCGAUGCAUGCAGACUCAGAUCCGUCGAUGGAGACGCCGGAUUUCGAUACGCAGGUCCACACCCCCGAGGUUUUCCUUUUCGAAUACGGCACCGUCGUGGUAUGGGGCAUGACGCUGCAGGAAGAGAAGAAAUUCCUGAAAGAGAUUGCAAAGUUCGAGGUCGAUAAGCUCGGUAAGGACGAGGUCGAAACGGAGGAAUUUAACUUUUACUACACGCGUGAAUACCAGGCUCGAAUAUACAACGACUUCAUAAGCUUACGGGAUAAGAAGAACUAUAUGAUCAAGCUCGCCAUCAGCCACGGCCUCUCACAGAGCGUCAAGACGUCGCUUUUCGAGGACCUCGUGGAUAACACCAUCGACGACACGAAGGACAUUCCCGCGCAGAUCGCGAGCUCGGGGAAGAUCAACCUUAACAAGAAGCAGAUCAACAUGCAGAUCGGGGAGCUAUUCAUCUUGCGCAUCAGCAUACAUCUGCAGGGCUCGGUGCUCGACGCGCCAGAGCUUAUGUGGGCGGAGCCGCAGCUGGACCCCGUAUACCAGGCUGUGAGAAGCUAUCUAGAGAUGGACCAGCGGGUCCAGUUGCUGACGGAGAGACUAAAUGUCAUUGGUGAUCUCCUUGCGGUGCUCAAGGACCAGCUCACCGUCACACAUGGAGAACUCCUCGAAUGGAUCGUCAUCAUCCUCAUCUUCGCCGAAGUCGUCGUAGCCGCCAUUAAUAUCUUCGUCGACCUGCAUGCCGCCGACUAGCCCUCUUUUGUUCCCACCAUAUUGUACAUACACCCUCCUUGCUUUUCGCCUGUAAAUUCAUCAUAGCGUGGGAGGGAUACUUGAAUUCUUGUACCACAGCAGUGUAGACUCGUGUAAUUCGGCGCUUCUGGCGUUCCAAAAGGCAUACUGGAGGCGCGAUUGCGAUAAUGUAGCGAAGGCCACCAGGAGUAGCUUUAC